CUUAGGGUGCUGAUGAAGAUUAAGGACGGAUGUUAACAUGUCUGCUUAGGCCACCGAAAUUCUUGGGCCCGCGCUGAAGGUGACCCCGGCGACAAAUACGCAAUUUGCUAUAAGCUUCAUCUCCACAGAAGUACAAGGUUUGAAUAUCGCCAUUUGAACGUUCGAACCCCUAAAGCUUGACAUUCCGUGGAUGGUAUUGGCUCCCGUGGAGUAAAGAAUGACUACUGCCGAAUCGCAAUGACACCAUCACCACACCAGCACGUAGCGGUCCUGGCUGAGGAAAAGCAUCAAUCAUGCCAUGCUAGACGUCAGGCUCGAAAUUGAGAAGUACUAGGAAACUUUGGGCACUUGACCGUACCCAUUUUUACUUUCCGCCAUGUCACUGCAACUUUGGGCGGGCUGCGCGGUCAUCCUGCUAGCCUUGGCCUCGUAUCGUCUGCGGCGCCGUCCGACCGCCAUAUUCCCGCCCGGUCCCCCCUCAAAGCCUGUCGUUGGGAACAUCCUCGAUGUUUCUCCGAAGGCUGGCUGGAUCAAAUUUACGAAAUAUAAAGACAUUUAUGGCGAGUUCAAAGGACUGCUUUGGUUGAGUGUUGCUGACCAUCUAGCAGGUGAUCUCGUCUUCUUCCAUGGCCUGGGCAAUAAUCUACUCGUUCUCAACUCUAUGAAGGCGGUCCAGGAUCUGCUUGAGAAAAGAGCGGACAUCUAUUCUGAUCGCCCUGCGUUUACUGUCGUAGGCGAGCUUAUGGGCCUUGGACAGAGCAUGCCCUUGCUCAACUACAACGAAGAGUGGAGGGCUCAACGGAAGCUCGCUCAUCAUGCCUUGAGUCCGCGUGCUGUCAAACAGUACCAUGUAGUCCAAGAAGACCUUGCUGCGCUCCUCAGCAAGCAGAUACUGGAAGACCCGGAAGACUUUUUUUCUCACGUUCGAUUGACAGCAUCGAGGCUCAUCCUGUCCAUAACGUACGGACUGUCUGUAGAACAAGCAGAAGACGAGUAUAUUACACAUGCGGAGGAUACGAUGCACAUGAUCAGCAAUGCGACCCUGCCUGGUGCCUUCGUUUGCGACCUCAUCCCCAUCUUGAAGUACUCGCCCUCCUGGGUUCCGUUCCAGAAGGAAGCACACGCUGGAAGAGAGAUGAUUGAGCGUCUGGUCACCAGACCCCUCGAGCACGUCAAGAAGGAGAUGCAUGCCGGUACUGCCCCGGUGUCGUUGACGCGGGAUCUCUUGAGCUCCGAGGUUCAGGGUGUUAACGAUAAAGAGCAUAGCAUCAAGUGGAGCGCAGGCUCCUUGUACGGCGCCGGUGGGGAGACUACAUACGCGACAGUGCUCACCUGCAUCAUGCUGAUGGCCAUGCACCCGGACAAGUUGAAGAAGGCCCAGGACGAGAUCGACCAUGUCGUUGGCGUUGACCGUCUUCCACUUAUCAGCGAUCGUGAGAGCCUCCCAUAUGUCGAGGCCCUAAUCAAGGAAGUCAUGCGUUGGCAUCCUGCGCUACCGUUGAGCAUAGCUCGCUGUACAGCCAAAGACGAUACCUACGAGGGCUACACCAUACCGAAGGGCACAAUCGUGAUGCCAAACGUCUGGGCCAUUGCGAUGGAGCGUACUGACCAGUAUGACCCGACCGCGUUCGUCCCGGAGCGGUUCCUCAAUAAGAAGGACGAUAGAUUUGUUGAUCCAACGUUGUGGGCCUUUGGCUUUGGCAGGCGCGUGUGUCCGGGAAGGUAUCUUGCGGAGAACUCGGUGUUCAUCCUUAUCUCGACCAUAGUGGCGAUUUUCGACAUCUCACUCCCUGAAAAUGAAGAACUCAUAGUUGAAUUCAGCAAGGGUCUCGUCAGCUAUCCUGAGCCGUUCAAGUGUUGUAUUACGCCCCGAUCUGCGUCGAAGGCGUCCCAGAUCAUCUGGCGUGCGGCUCAGUCGACUAUUUGACCGUGUAUAUCGCCCGGUUUUUCUGUCAAAUAUGAUCUUGUAAUGUGCAUGUGGCGAUAUGUGCAAGAACGGUUUGCUGUAGUCUUUCGACCUGGCUCAAUAAAUCAGUCGCUGAAUGAUCACUAGGGCAUCCGCUGGCCUGCGACAGGUGCUGUAGUUGAGCCACACUUUUCUUGCCCGCAGUGCGUUCAGGAUCACCACGGAAAGUCGGUCUGCUACAGUGGCGGGCGGCAGCUGCCAAAUCUCACGCCCCCUUUGCCGUUGUCUCCGCGACAGUUAUGUACGACCAGUUACUUCCGCCGUCCUGUGCAGUAAACAGACAAUCUUAUAUUUCU